ACUACAGACUAGGAUAUCAUCAAAUCCAAGUGUCCUUCGUUAAACCUUCUCACAAUCCACUGCCACAGCUCGACCCAACUUCACCACAGCAAUGCCUUCCAUAGCCAAAACCAUCACCACCUCCUUCAUUACAAUCCUCAUCCUCCUCACCUCUCCUCUCUCCUCCUCACCCCUCCCACAUGAACAAGACCCAACACCAACCCCAUGGCCCCAUCAAUUCCAUUCAAUUCUGGUGAUGAACUACACCGGAACCCUCGAAAUUAUCGACCUCUGGUAUGACUGGCCCAACGGUCGAAACUUCAACAUCAUACAGCACCAGCUGGGUUCAGUCCUCUACGACCUCGAAUGGAACAACGGCACCUCCUUCUUCUACAGCUUAGACUCUUCCAAAAACUGCAGAAGCUCUCAAGUUGAAGUGGGUAUUCUCCGCCCAAAUUGGCUCGACGGAGCUGAGUAUCUGGGUCAGCGCCACGUGGAUGGGUUCCUCUGCAACGUUUGGAACAAGGUCGAUUUUCUUCUGUAUUAUGAGGAUGUUGUCACCAAGAGGCCUGUUCAUUGGGCCUUUUACACAGGGAGGGAGGCACAUGUGAUGACAUUUGAGGUUGGAGCUGCGCUUGAAGAUGCAGAGUGGCAAGCUCCUAUCUACUGUUUUGAUAAGAAAGCUGAAAGUGAUAACAAGGGAGCAGAGUUUCCGAUCACUGGUCCUUCUGUGGGUGGACUGCUACGAGGUCCGUUUCGAAUUGGGAUGUAAUUUUUUUUAAUGUUGUUUGUUUUCUAUUCAUGUAUUCUUAUGAUACUGUUAAGAAUAAAUUAUUGUAUAGUUUAUUGCCCUGAACUAGGUGAGAAUAUAUUAAUCAUGGUGGAUAUUGCACUUGUUAA